AUGACCACUGACGCUGACGAAGCACAGCGGAGACGUGAAGAAUGUGAACGUAAGGCAAGGCGUGGGGAAAUGGAUCCCCGUUUGGAGUUUACUUUUCAACUGUUAAUCGAUGCCACGCAAUUGCCGAGGCAUCAGUUGAUGGAUUAUAUAUUUGAGGGUGAUAUGUUGGAUGAAAUCAAUCAAUUAUUUUUACCAAAUAUGAAAAAUAAACUGUUGUGGUUUUAUCAAGAGGUUGAUGAACCGGAACCCCAACCUGUACUAGAUCCAAAUAAGCCGAGCACCUCACGUUCGGCUAUGGCAUCGAGUAGUUCAAAGACGCCUCAAGGUGGUGGCACAUCACCAGGUGGCUCGGCACCCGUAAAGCAGAAGAAAUUAUUUCUAACUGAUGGCUGGACAUGUGCUUUUACCGGCAUUUGUAUCUAUAUAUUUCGUAUAAAUGUAACAAAACAAUUGCCUGAGGAGGGUUUUCAAAAGGAUUUAUUCUGUGGCAUUAUUGAUGCCAAAAAUAUUGGUUUGGUUACCUCCAUCGAACGUAUUGUUGAAUAUGUGUUCAUGCAGGCCUUGGCUUUUCCCAGUCUGGAAGGUGAUGAGGAGGAUAUCAGUUGUGGUCUCAUAAAGGGACAACUUUUACCCGGUCUACGUUCAUUUUGCAGUGCUCUACGCGUUUGUGAACAAGUUUGUGACCAUUAUAAUGUUUUUAAUGAUGGCUGUGAUAUGUUUGAGAAAAUCGAUCAAAUCGAAGAGGUCAAAGACCUAUCAAAGAAUCAAGAAUUUUGCAAUCAACUCGGGGAGAGGGUGACCAAUUGGAUUAAAGGCAUUAUGAAGAUAUUGGGCGAAAGUGAACAGCUGCGUAAAGAGAACGAUCAUAGUGGUCCCCAGGAUGAACUGGAGUAUUGGAAGAAACGUGGUGCACAAUUUUCACAGCUUUUGGCUCACCUGCAAGAGAAGGAGGUUCAGUUCACGUUGCACUGUUUGUACUUGGCUAAUUCGAAGGUGAUGCGCGAUUGGAAGGAAACAGAUCGUAAGAUAACGUUUUGCUACAAUGAGGCCAGGGAUAAUUCGAAAUUUAUUCAGGCCAUGGAACAUUGUUGUCAUUCGUUGUAUUUGGAUGAUCCGGUUUGCAUGAAGGAGUCUAUUUUAAGCCUAUUGCAAACAGUACGUUUAAUUUAUAGUGUUUCACAAUUUUAUAAUACCUCUGAAAGAACUUCAGCACUUAUGGUUAAGAUCACCAAUCAAAUGAUAGAAACCUGCAAAUCCUAUAUAACUUGUCGUUGCAAGGAAACAAUUUGGUCGCAGGACCGCAACUUAGUACGCACUAAACUUAGUAAUUGCAUUAAACUAAAUCACAUCUAUCACGAAACCUACUACACCGUUAGAGAGCAACCAUUUCUACCUAAUCAAACACCAUUUGGAUUUUCGGAAAAUUUCGUCUUUGGAAAAUUUGAUACAUUUUGUGAACGUUUAUCGAAAAUCACCUCUAUGUUUAAUUUAAUCGAUGAUUACAAUCAUUUAUUUGAAAGGAGAUUAGAGGGAUUAUUAUUGGGCGAGGCCUUAGAGGAGGCCUCAAAUCUGUUUGAGGAAGCCAAAAAGGAUAUAUUGUCGAAGAAGUAUGAUUAUUUAGAUCAUCGUAAUGCCGACUUUAAUGAGGAUUAUGAAAAAUUCAUAAGUAAAACAGAUACUUUGAAAGAUACCAUAGCUACUCUAAUAGAAACGAAUUUUGAUACCGUCUGGGAAACGCCUCAGUGUAUACGGUUUCUAGUACGUUUCGAAAAGGUUAGCGAGAAAAUACCUUUAACCAAAAUGGAUGAGAAGUACUUGCGCAUUAUACGCUAUGUGGAUAAGGAAGUUGAGAGAGUAUUGAAACUUUUUCGCAAACAAAGAGAUGAUCCACCGGUUAGCAGAAAUUUUCCACCCAUGGCGGGUCGUGUGUAUUGGACUCGUUCUUUGGAUUGCCAUAUCAGCGAAUUGGUUGACGCUGUAUGUGAGCACCCGGUUUUGGGUAAUUUACCGCCCUGCAGGGACUUGGAACAUCGUUUCAAUCAUGUUAUGACCAUAUUGCAUGAGUAUGAAGAUGAAAUAAUUUCCAUAUGGCUGGAUCAAGAUGUUAGUGUGGCGGAUGCAUGUCUCUUGCAGCCCCUGUUGUCUUUGCAAGGAGAUCGUAUUUUUGUUAAUUUACAUCCAACUAUUCCGUUGCUGAUACGUGAGGCUAAACUGUUGGCCAAAUUAAAUAUUGAAUUACCUAUUGUGGCGGCUACACUGAUGAGUCGCCAGGAAUAUUUUAUCACCAUACAGGAUUCAUUAAACCAUCUUAUAAAAAUGUUUUUGAGUACUGUGAGAGCCGUUAAGCUGGAAGUGAGGCCUUUGUUUUUACCCCAACUUGUACGUUUGACGGCCAUGUUAAAACCGGGCUUGACCACAAUUAAUUGGACCAAUCAAAAUUGGAAUAAAUUCUAUGAACGCUGUAAACAAGCUAUUGAAACAUUUGAAGUACUGGUGGCAAGAAUACAUGAUAUCUACUCCAAUCGUAUAUUGCAUGUGUUAAUGUGUAUGCAGGAGAUAUCGCUACAAGUCUUGCCCGGAGAUGAUGAAAUCUGGUCGGUUGAUGAGUUUUUGGAAAAAAGCGAAGAGUCUUGUCGCAAAGCUGCUAUAGAAUUGAAUCGUAAAAGUCAAAUGGUUUCAGAAGCCGUCGAAGAGGUCCUAAAUUUGGUGGAUAAGGCCACAGAAACGUUCAAAGAAAUAGCUGGAGAUGAUGUUGUAACAUUGUUUGAUGCUUCGGCUAGAAAAGGUGGAGAUACUGCAGGGGCUAGUACUAGCGCCGCAGCAGGUGGUGCGUCUACUUCAAAUGCUGGAGGAGCUACGGGUUCGGGUGGUCAACAACAAGAUUGGAGUAUUUUAUGGUCUUGUUUUGACAAUCCUCUUACUUUGUUGGCCACUUCGGAAAGUUUACCCAAAGGCAUGCAGGACAUGGUCUGCAAUGCUGUGGUGGAAAUGCGACGUUAUUAUAGUCGCAAAGUUAUAGAUGUUUUAAUAAAAGUUAUCCGUGCCGCCUUGGAUACUAUAAGACGACGUUUCAUAGCUGACGAUGAUGAAACAUUGAUUAAGAAACCGGUAUUCGCAUUAUAUGCACAACUGCAAAUUCCCAAUGUAGUAAUAAAACCCAAUCUAGAAGAAUUGCAAGAAAUAUUAAUUACAGCUGGACGAAAUAUAACUGGCAUAGCUAAGGGAGUGGCACAAUGGACUAGUGGCAAAGAAAAUCCGGUAAGUAUCAAGUAAUACCAAAAAACUAUAAAAUAUUUAUAACACUUCUAUUCUCAACAGCAAGUUUCCAUAACACCUCAACCUCGGGUGGGUCGUAAUCAUAAUACCAAACGUCGUAAACUAUAUGCAUUGGCCUCAGAGGAACGUCCUCAAAUGCCCCAUAUGUUGAAAUCGUUUUACUCGGCCAUUAUGGAUAAUAAGGAGGUGGCCAAGGCUUUAAAUCUCUUAUCGAAUUGCACAAAAAAUAUUAAACCCGAAAUUCAAAUCUAUAUUAAACGUUGGAAACCUUAUCAUUUCCUGUGGAAGAAUGAUCGCACUACCAGACAGCUAAUGGAAUUUGGUUUACAAGAAUUUGAGUCUACCUUAAGAUGUCUAGCAGAAUUGGAUGCAAAUCUUGUAAUUGAACCCGAUAUGGAGGUAUUUGGCCAAUGUAUUGCAGUGUAUAACGAAAGAUUAAAAUAUGGCUUGGCCAUUGAAAUAAAAUCUUGCAAUCAUAAAAUUGGCCAAGCCAUGAAGAAGAAAUAUAAAAAGGAAAUGGAUUAUGUUUAUGCUGUUAUUAAUGAAAUGGAUCGUAAAUUAGAUCGUCCUAUUCGAGAUUUGGAUGAUGUGCGCAUGAUUAUGGAGACUUUGAGUAAGAUUAGAGAACAGGAGGUGGAUAUGGAAUUGCGUAUUGAUCCUAUCGAGGAAGCCUUUAAUGUCCUCACUCGUUACGAAGUACAGGUUGAAAGAGAACAAUUUGAUCUGGUAGACAAUCUACGUUCCACCUUUCAAAAUCUAUUAGCUUGUGCUCUGCAAGCUCAAGUAAAGUUGUUGGAAAUGCAGCCUUCAUUCCAGGAUGAUUUGAAAAUGAACUUGGACAAUUUUAAACAAGAUAAAAUUACCUAUGUCAAUGAAUAUCGUACAGCAGGACCCAUGCAGCCUGGUCUUACACCCCGAGAAGCUUCUGACCGUUUAAUACUAUUUCAAAAUCGUUUUGAGGGAAUGUGGCGUAGACUGCAGACAUAUCAAAGUGGUGAAGAACUAUUUGGUUUACCACAAACCGAUUACCCAGAAUUGGGACAGAUUAGAAAGGAAUUGAAUUUAUUGCAAAAAUUAUAUAAACUCUAUAAUGAUGUAAUAGAUCGUGUUAGUAGUUAUUAUGAUAUACCUUGGAAUGAGGUGGAUAUAGAGGAGAUUAAUAAUGAGUUGAUGGAAUUUCAAAAUCGUUGUCGUAAGCUGCCCAAGGGUUUGAAGGAAUGGCCGGCUUUUCAUGCCUUGAAGAAGACCAUAGAUGACUUUAAUGAUAUGUGUCCUUUGCUGGAGUUAAUGGCCAAUAAGGCGAUGAAACCACGCCAUUGGCAAAGAAUUAUGGAUGUUAGCAAUUAUAUUUUUGAAUUUGAUUCGGAGGGCUUUUCUUUAAAGAAUAUACUGGAAGCUCCCUUAUUAAAGCAUAAAGAAGAUAUUGAGGAUAUUUGUAUAAGUGCCAUGAAAGAGAAAGAUAUAGAGGCGAAAUUAAAGCAGGUGACCAAUGAGUGGUCUGUACAUGAACUACAAUUUAUGAGUUUCAAUAAUCGGGGUGAACUACUGCUACGAGGUGAUACCACAGCAGAGACUAUAGGUCAACUGGAAGAUAGUUUAAUGAUUUUGGGUUCUCUGUUAUCCAAUCGCUACAAUGCUCCGUUUCGCAAGCAAAUUCAGCAAUGGGUUUAUGAUCUUUCAAAUUCCAAUGAGAUCUUGGAAAGAUGGUUAUUGGUGCAGAAUAUGUGGGUGUAUUUGGAGGCUGUAUUUGUGGGUGGUGACAUUGCCAAGCAAUUGCCUAAGGAAGCUAAACGGUUUUCCAAAAUCGACAAAUCCUGGCAAAAGAUAAUGCAAAGAGCUCACGAAACUCCUGGUGUAGUAGCAUGCUGUGUAGGCGAUGAUUUGCUAAAGCAAUUGUUGCCUCAUCUUCAGGAGCAAUUGGAAAUAUGCCAGAAAUCUUUAAGUGGCUAUUUAGAACGCAAGCGUAUGAUGUUUCCCAGAUUCUUUUUUGUCUCCGAUCCAGCUUUAUUGGAAAUUCUGGGUCAAGCAUCCGAUUCUCACACCAUACAAAACCAUUUAUUAUCCAUAUUUGAUAAUACGCGUAAAGUUAAAUUUCAUGACAUCGAGUACAACAAAAUGAUGGCCAUCAUUUCAAAUGAAGGUGAAAUGAUACAGCUGGAUCGUGCCAUACGAGCCGAAGGUUCUGUUGAGACAUGGCUAACUCAAUUGCUGGUCACAGCACAGCAGUCAUUGCAUUCCAUUAUACGUACCGCCUAUGCCACAAUCAAUGAUCCAAAUUUCACUUUAUUAGGUUUUCUGGAGAAGGUACCGGCCCAAGUUGGCCUAUUGGGCAUACAAAUGAUUUGGACACGCGAUGCGGAAAUGGCUCUGAUGCAGGCCAGGCAUGAGAGGAAAGUCAUGUCAGAAACGAAUAAUAAAUUUCUGGACAUUUUAAAUACACUUAUCGAUCAGACCACAAGAAAUCUGACUAAAAUGGAGAGAACCAAUUUUGAGACGUUGAUAACAAUUCAUGUUCAUCAGAGGGAUAUAUUUGAUAUAUUGUGCCGCAUGAAUAUAAAAUCUGCUAAUGAUUUUGAAUGGUUAAAGCAGUGUCGUUUUUACUUCAAAGAAGAUUUGGAUAAAACUUGGAUUUCUGUUACCGAUGUUACUUUUACCUAUCAAAAUGAGUAUUUGGGUUGUACAGAUAGAUUAGUCAUAACACCCUUAACGGAUCGAUGCUACAUAACAUUAGCUCAAGCCUUAACCCUGAGUAUGGGGGGUGCACCAUGUGGUCCAGCUGGGACAGGAAAAACUGAAACUGUAAAGGACAUGGGUAAAACGUUGGCUAAAUAUGUGGUUGUAUUUAAUUGUUCCGAUCAAAUGGAUUACAGAGGCUUGGGUCGUAUUUACAAGGGUUUAGCACAAUCCGGUUCAUGGGGCUGCUUUGAUGAAUUCAAUCGCAUUGAAUUGCCAGUCUUGUCGGUGGCAGCGCAACAAGUUGCUGUUGUCUUAACAGCCAAAAAGGAAAAGAAGAAAUCAUUUAUAUUUACCGAUGGUGAUACCAUCGAAAUGAAUCCGGAAUUUGGUAUAUUUAUAACGAUGAAUCCCGGCUAUGCUGGUCGCAAGGAAUUGCCCGAAAAUUUGAAAAUUCAAUUUCGCACUGUGGCUAUGAUGGUGCCCGAUCGUCAAAUAAUCAUACGCGUAAAAUUGGCCUCGUGCGGUUUCUUGGAAAAUAUAACACUGGCACGAAAAUUCUACACCCUAUACAAACUGUGCGAAGAACAGUUGACAAAACAAGUGCAUUAUGAUUUUGGUUUGCGUAAUAUACUGUCGGUAUUGAGGACACUAGGUGCAGCAAAGCGAAGGAACUCAAAGGAUAGCGAGAGUACGAUUGUGAUGCGAGUCCUGCGUGAUAUGAAUCUAUCGAAGUUAAUAGAUGAUGAUGAGCCAUUGUUCAUAUCACUGGUAUCGGAUUUGUUUCCCAAUCAGACCCUCGAAAAAACCAAUUACCCAGAACUGGAAGCGGCCAUAGCCCAACAGGCCGAAGAAGCUAAUUUGGUUUACCAUCCUCCUUGGGUUCUUAAGCUUAUACAGCUGUAUGAAACCCAAAAUGUCCGUCAUGGCAUUAUGACUUUAGGACCUAGUGGUGCGGGCAAAACAACUUGCAUACACACUUUAAUGAAGGCCCUAACACAAAUGGGUGACUAUCAUCGUGAGAUGCGUAUGAAUCCAAAGGCCAUAACGGCAGCUCAAAUGUUUGGCCGUUUAGAUGUGGCCACUAACGAUUGGACUGAUGGCAUUUUUUCUGCUCUGUGGCGUAAAACUUUGAAAGUUAAAAGUGGUGAACAUAUUUGGUUGGUUUUAGAUGGUCCAGUGGAUAGUAUAUGGAUUGAGAAUCUAAACUCCGUGCUAGAUGAUAAUAAAACUCUAACCUUAGCCAAUGGUGAUCGCUUAACCAUGGCUCCCACAGUAAAGAUUAUUUUUGAACCCCAUAAUAUUGAUAAUGCUUCCCCGGCAACAGUGUCACGCAAUGGCAUGGUGUAUAUGAGUUCUUCGGGUUUGGAUUCAAGGCCCAUUGUUCAAGCUUGGCUUAAAAAUCGUGCUCCUGGUGAGAAAACCGUUUUCUCGGAUUUGUUUGAACGUACCUUUGUUCCCGUAAUUUCUUGGGGUACCCAGAAUCUUAAAUUGCUUAUGCCUGUUCUGCAAUGUAAUAUUGUUCGACAAAUGUUACUGAUUUUGGAGGGUUUGGUGCCGGUUAAAAAAGAAGACGAACAAGCUGUUAGUAUGUCUAGCAAAGAAAGUCAAGAUGGUAAGUUGUUAUUAACUUCUAUUAAAGUUGUUAAAGAAGAACGCCGUAAUUCCUUAGGUGAAGAAGAAGAUGAAGAAGCUGCCGAAGAAACCUUGGUAGAAGAAAAGGAAGAUACUUGCACACCAGAGCAUUUACAUCGUUUAUACAUCUUUGCUUUAGCCUGGGGUUUGGGAGCUUAUCUCAGUACAACGGAUCGUGUUAAAAUCAAUCAAUAUGUUAAGGAAACCUUUCCAGAUUUGGAUUAUGCCAAAGGCACUACCAGUGAAAAUAGUAUAUUCGAUUUCUUUGUUUCGGCAACGGGCAGUUGGCAAUCAUGGAAGACUUUAGUUACGCCCUAUAUGUAUCCAGAAGUUUCCACUCCAGAUUAUUUGAGUAUACUAGUGCCCAUAGUUGAUAAUGUACGCAUGGAUUAUCUUAUCGGCUGCAUAGCAAAUCAAGAGAAGGCAGUCAUGUUGAUUGGUGAGCAGGGUACCGGCAAGACAGUGAUUAUGAAGAAUUUCAUGAAAAAGAUGAAUGUGGAAACUUAUAUGGGACGUUCAUUUAACUUUUCGUCGGCCACAAGUCCAUAUCAAUUUCAAAGAACUAUCGAAAGUUAUGUGGAAAAAAGAGUGGGUGUAACUUUUGGUCCUCCGGGUGGCCGCAAAUUGAUAGUGUUCAUCGAUGAUAUUAAUUUACCCGAGAUAAACGAAUGGGGUGAUCAAGUGACCAAUGAAAUUGUAAGACAAUCUAUGGAUAUGAAAGGUUUUUAUAGUUUGGAGAAGCCUGGAGAUUUCACCACCGUGGUAGAUGUGCAAUAUGUGGCUGCCAUGGGUUUACCGGGUGGAGGUCGUAAUGAUAUUCCCUCUAGAUUGAAGAGACAAUUUUGUGUUUUCAACUGUAAUAUACCCGAUAAUGAUUCCAUAGAUAAAAUAUUCCGUGUUAUUGGCGAGGGACAUUAUAAUGCCAAAAGAGGUUUCAUACCGGAUGUAAGAAAUUUGGUUAAGAAAUUAAUUGUUAUCACACGUUAUUUAUGGCAACGUACUAGGGAGAAAUUGCUGCCAACUCCUGCAAAAUUUCAUUACGUUUUCAGUUUAAGAGAUUUGUCGCGUAUUUGGCAGGGUAUGGUGGGUACUCUGUCUACGGUGAUAACUUCGGAAAGUGUGUUAAUGUCUUUGUGGAAACACGAAUGCACUCGGGUAUUUGCCGAUCGAUUUACCAAUUUUCCCGAUAAGGAGUGGUUUAGUUCGGAAUUAUCGUGUCUGGUGCGUUCGGAAUUGAGUGAAAAUCAUGUUCAAAUGAUUAUACCAAAUCCGGUGUUUGUUGACUUCAUGCGUGAUGCUCCUGAACCUACAGGCGAAGAGGGCGAAGAUGCGGAUAUGGAAUUGCCCAAAGUCUAUGAGCCGGUGACCUCUCACGAAGUACUCCGUGAGCGUCUGGUUAUGUUUCUUGCCCAAUUUAAUGAAAUGGUGCGAGGUUCCGGGAUGGAUUUGGUUUUCUUUCCUGAUGCCAUGUUGCAUUUGGUAAAGAUUUCUCGUAUUAUAAGGCAUCCUCGCGGAAAUGUCAUGCUGGUCGGGGUAGGUGGUUCCGGCAAACAAUCGCUUACAAAGUUAGCUUCAUUUAUAGCGGGCUAUAAAACAUUCCAAAUUGCCCUAACACGUUCCUACAAUGUGGCCAACUUUUUGGAAGAUCUUAAACUGCUCUAUCGUACUUGUGGAGUUCAAGGCAAAGGUACCACAUUCCUUUUCACUGAUAUGGAUAUUAAAGAGGAAGGUUUCUUGGAAUAUCUUAAUAAUAUACUUUCCUCUGGUGUCAUAUCAAAUCUAUUCUCAAGAGAUGAACAAGCUGAAAUUGUUCAAGAGUUGACACCCAUAAUGAAGCGAGAAAAUCAACGUAAGACCGCCACCCCCGAGAGUGUGAUGGAGUUCUUUUUGGCCCGUACCUGUGCUAAUCUUCACGUAGCGUUUUGUUUCUCGCCCGUAGGAGAGACUUUCCGAGCACGGGUACAACGUUUUCCGGCUUUGGUAUCGGGCUGCACCAUCGACUGGUUCCAACCUUGGCCCAAGGAUGCUCUCGUCUCGGUUUCUCGACACUUUCUGAGUGACUUUGAAAUAGAGUGUACACCGGAAGUGAAAGAAGAACUUGUCAAUGCUUUGGGUUCAAUACAAGAUAUUGUGGCAGAAACUUCUCAAGAAUAUUUCCAACGUUUUCGGCGCGCUACUCAUGUAACACCCAAGUCAUAUCUCAACUUCAUAGCUGGCUACAAGAAUAUCUAUCAGCAGAAGCAAAAGGAAUUGGGAGAUGGUGUUGAAAAAAUGGAUACCGGCUUAGAGAAAUUGAAAGAAGCCUCAGCAUCAGUGGAAAUACUAAAAAUGGAUUUAGUCGUAAUGGAGGAGGAGCUGGUGGAAGCAUCUAAAAAAGCCGAGUCAGUGUUAGUGGAAGUAACUGAGCGGGCCAUGCAGGCGGAAAUAGUUAAGAAUCAGGUGUUAAUAGUCAAGGAUAAGGCAGAAGCUUUGGUAGCCUGCAUAGCCAAUGAAAAGGCUUUAGCCGAAGAAAAACUGGAAGCGGCCAAACCCGCUUUGGAAGAAGCUGAAAACGCUUUGAAUACAAUUAAACCGGCACAUAUAGCAACAGUACGUAAAUUGGGAAGACCACCUCAUCUUAUUAUGCGCAUUAUGGACAGUGUACUAAUACUUUUCAAGCGUAAACUACAUCCGUGUAUACCAGACUCUGGUACGCCUUGUCCCAAACCAUCAUGGCAAGAAUCAUUGAAGAUGAUGGCCAGUACUACAUUCCUGUUGCAGCUACAAAACUAUCCUAAGGAUACAAUAAAUGACGAAAUGAUUGAUUUAUUACAACCAUACUUUCGCAUGGAAGACUAUAAUAUGGAUAUGGCACGUAGAGUGUGUGGUGACGUUGCUGGUUUAUUGUCUUGGACAAAGGCAAUGGGUUUCUUUCAUAGUGUCAACAAAGAAGUUCUACCAUUGAAAGCCAACUUAACGAUGCAGGAAGCUAGAUUGAAGCUCGCUAUGGAUGACCUUGCAGGAGCUGAAGAUCAACUACGAGAACGUGAAGAAGCCCUGCAGGCGGUUAAAAAUCAAUACGACAAAGCAGUGGGCGAAAAACAGCGACUUACAGAUGCUGCCAAUGCCUGUUUACGUAAAAUGACAGCUGCAACGGCUCUCAUAAAUGGUCUGUCGGAUGAGAAAGUUAGAUGGACCAAUCAAAGCAAAGAAUUUAAAAUACAAUUGGGCAAACUAGUGGGAGAUGUAUUGCUAGCCACAGGUUUUCUUUCCUAUUGUGGUCCCUAUAACCAAGAAUUUCGAGCAAACUUAAUAAAAACAUGGAUGAGCAUAUUGAAACAGAAGACAAUACCUUUUACCACGGGCCUUAACAUUAUAAGUAUGCUAGUUGACUCAUCCAUGGUAUCCGAGUGGACUUUGCAGGGCCUACCCAAUGACGAAUUGUCUGUGCAAAAUGCUUUAAUAGCCACCAAGUCCAGUAGUUACCCUUUGCUAAUAGAUCCCCAAACUCAAGGAAAACUUUGGAUAAAAUCCAAAGAAGAGCAGAAUGAAUUACAAAUUACUUCCUUGAAUCACAAAUAUUUUAGAACACACUUGGAAGAUGCUUUGUCUUUGGGAAGACCCUUGUUAAUAGAAGAUGUGGGUGUUGAACUGGAUCCUGUGAUAGAUAAUGUCUUGGAAAAGAAUUUCAUCAAGUCGGGUAGUAUAGAGAAGGUAUUGGUGGGCGAUAAGGAAUGUGAUGUUAUGCCUGGUUUUAUGUUGUACAUCACCACCAAACUACCAAAUCCUCCUUUCAGUCCAGAAGUAAGCGCCAAGACUUCGAUAAUAGAUUUUACCGUAACCAUGAGAGGUUUAGAAGAUCAGUUACUAGGCAGAGUGAUUCUAAUGGAAAAAUCUGAUUUAGAAGCUGAAAGGGUGGCUCUUUUUGAAACUGUUAUGCAAAACCAAAGGAACAUGAAAGAACUAGAAGCAAAUCUACUUUAUCGCUUAAGUUCCUCUCAAGGUUCACUAGUAGAUGAUGAGGCUCUUAUCGAGGUAUUAAGGGUGACAAAAAGUACUGCUGAAGAAGUUAAUGAAAAACUGAAAAUUGCCGAAGUUACCGAACGUAAAAUCAUGAAGGCCAGAGAAGAAUUUAGAGCUGUAGCAGCUCGUGGUUCUAUACUCUAUUUCCUGAUCGUGGAAAUGAGCAAUGUCAAUGUGAUGUACCAGAAUUCCCUUAAACAGUUUCUGUUCAUUUUCAAUAACUCCAUUACAAAGUCAACAAAAUCAAAUGUUACCGAAGAGCGCAUCAACAUCAUUUUGCGCUACUUAACGUACGAAGUUUACAAGUUCACUAACCGUAGUCUAUACGAGCGUCAUAAGCAACUGUUCACUCUGAUGUUGGCAAUUAAAAUAGACUAUCACAAAGGCAAUAUUAGUCAUGAGGAAUUUAUGGCUUUCAUUAAGGGCGGUGCAUCGUUGGAUUUGAAUGCCGUUCAACCAAAACCAUUCCGUUGGAUUUUAGACAUCACUUGGUUGAAUUUAGUUGAAAUAAGUAAAUUGGAAACGUUUGUUAAUGUUUUGGAAUUGAUUGAAUUAAAUGAACGUGAAUGGCGCACAUGGUACGAAUCUGAAAAGCCCGAAAAUGAAGAAAUACCUUGUGGCUAUCAGACAUCUUUAGAUGGUUUUCGCAAAUUGCUACUAAUACGAUCAUGGUGUCCUGAUCGUACAAUUUCACAAGCUAAAAAAUAUAUAGAAGAAUCUCUGGGACCCGAAUAUAGUGAAAUGCAAAUUUUAGAUUUAGAAUAUACAUGGUCUGAAUCCGAGCCGCGAACACCUUUUGUAUGCUUACUCUCUAUUGGGUCUGAUCCCACUACACAAAUUGCUGCUUUAGCCAAACAAAAAGGAAUACCACUUAAAUCAGUCUCAAUGGGUCAGGGACAAGAAUUUCAUGCACGUAAAAUGAUUAUGGAUUCAACGGCGAACGGUGGUUGGGUUUUGCUGCAAAACGUUCACUUAUCGUUGCCAUUUUGCACAGAAGUAAUUGAUAUGUUGGUGGAGACGGAACGUAUUGAUGAUUCAUUUCGUAUGUGGGUGACAACCGAACCUCAUUCAGAUUUUCCUAUUGGUUUGUUGCAAAUGGCAAUUAAAUUUACUAACGAACCUCCUCAGGGUAUACGUGCCAGCUUAAAGAGGAGCUAUCAGGCUUUCACACAAGAUUUCUUGGAUUAUACUGCCGCACCACAAUGGCCCACUCUGUUGUAUACUGUGGCAUUUCUGCACACCAUUGUGCAAGAGAGACGUAAAUUUGGGCCUCUGGGUUGGAAUGUACCAUACGAAUUUAAUGCUGCCGACUUUGCAGCCAGUGUACAGUUUGUGCAAAAUCAUUUGGACGAAAUGGAUCCCAAAAAGGGUGUCUCCUGGCAAACGCUGGUCUAUAUGAUUGGUGAGGUACAGUAUGGUGGUCGGGUGACGGACGAUUUCGACAAACGUCUGUUGACCACAUUUACAGCCGUAUGGUUUUGUGAAGGCUUACUUAGUCCAGCGUUUGAAUUUUACAAGGGCUACAAAGUGCCCAGUACGAAAAAUUUGCAAACUUUUAUUGAUUACAUUAAUAAUUUACCAGCCUACGAUACACCUGAAGUAUUUGGUUUACAUUCGAAUGCUGACAUCACGUAUCAAAUUAAUUCUGCUAAAGGAAUAUUGGAUACAAUACUCAGUGUACAGCCCAAGGAAGGAGGUGGUGGAGGCGGUGAAACUCGAGAAAGUAUUGUCUAUCAACUGGCUGAUGAUAUGUUGAGGAAAUUGCCACCACAAUAUAAUGCAUACGAAGUGCGUGAGAAUUUAAUACGUAUGGGUAUACUGUUGCCAAUGAAUAUAUUUUUAAGACAAGAAAUUGAUCGCAUGCAAAAGGUGAUAAAAAGAGUGUACAAUUGUUUGUGUGAUCUGAAAUUGGCAAUUGAUGGCACGAUUGUUAUGAGUCCUGCAUUAAAAGAAUCUUUGGAUGCCAUGUAUGAUGCUCGUAUACCAGAAUCAUGGAUGAAGAUAUCAUGGGAGUCAACAACACUGGGAUUUUGGUAUACUGAGCUGUUAGAACGCAAUGCACAAUUUCGUACUUGGAUUUCAACUGACCGGCCAAAAGUAUUUUGGAUGACAGGUUUCUUUAAUCCUCAAGGUUUUUUAACUGCUAUGCGUCAGGAAGUAACACGAGCCCACAAAGGUUGGGCUCUUGACUCUGUAGUGUUGCAAAAUCAAAUAACACGCUAUAAUAAAGAGGACAUAACGGAGUAUCCAACUGAAGGUGUCUAUGUGCAUGGAUUGUUUCUGGAAGGUGCUUCUUUGGAUCGUCGUAGUGGCAAAUUAAUCGAAUCGAAAAUGAAAGUUUUAUACGAACAAAUGCCGGUGAUAUAUAUCUAUGCCAUUAAUACUACAGCCGGCAAAGAUCCCAAAUUGUAUGAAUGUCCCAUUUAUCGUAAACCUCAACGUACCGACCUCAAGUAUGUGGGUUCUAUAGAUUUUGAAACCGAUUUCAAUCCCAAGCACUGGACAUUGCGUGGUGUUGCUCUACUGUGUGAUAUUAAAUAAACAGGAGUGUGUUGUAUCUAUCAGCAUAUCUAUUCUAUCAUCUGUGUGGGAUUAUUUUAUGAGAAUGUAUUCAUACUUAUGUAUAGAUGAAUGUUAAGAUUAUUUAAAAUUCUGUUUUAUUUAUGCCUGUAUAUACUAAUUGGAAGAGUGUGCGU